AUGUAUUCAACUACUCCUCUGUUCCUCUCUCUUGCGAUAGCGGUGUUCCUAUUAUACCGUCGCUUCCGCCUCUCUCGAUCCUCGCCUUUGCCUCCCGGUCCAAAAGGUCUUCCCCUCAUCGGUAACCUAUGGGACAUCCCCGUCGACCAUCCAUGGCUCACCUUUGCGAAGUGGUCAUCCACCUACGGCGAUAUCUUGUAUCUGAGCUCUCCAGGUAAUCAGACGAUCGUCCUCAACUCCGCAGAAGCAGUUACGGAGUUGCUUGAAAAGCGCUCAGGAAACUACUCUGAUAGACCAGAUUUCAAUAUGCUGCAUCUAUCGGGAUGGGGCUUCAGCCUGGGUUUCAUGAGAUAUUCUAACUGGUGGAGAACGCACCGAAGAAUGUUUCACCAAUAUUUCCAGCCUCGCGCUGUUCCAGCUUAUUAUCUUGUGCAGCUGAAGGCUACGUCGGUACUACUACGACAACUUAUCAAAUCACCUAGUGAGACUUUUCAUCACAUCCGUCAUCACGCUGGCUCAAUUAUAAUGAAGAUCGUCUACGAUUACGACGUAGACCCGGAUGGCGACGUGUUUGUGCGGUUGGCGGAUCAGAGCAACGAGGCACUUCGUAUUGGCGGGACAGAAGGUACCUUCCUCGUCGACUAUCUUCCCAUUUUGAGCCGUGUACCCGAUUGGUUUCCUGGUGCGAAAUUCAGGAAGCUUGCGAAGACGUGGAUGAAAGAUGCUCGAGCCAUGAUAGAAGAGCCCUUCGCGUAUGCUUCAGAGUCGAUUGCGAAUGGCAAUGAGGCACUUUCCUUUGUUUCUGAGAAUCUCAGGAAGAUGAAAGAGACCGAACUUUCUGACAACUCGGAGACUUCCUUAGAAAUCAUCAAGAACGCCGCAGGAGUAGCCUUUACUGGGGGUGCCGAUACUACGGUCUCGACUGUUCUUUCAGCGAUCUUGGCCUUUAUGCUUUAUCCCGAAGUACAAGCCAAGGCUCAAGCAGAGUUGGAUGCAGUGGUGGGCGGAUUUCGCUUGCCAAAUUUUGAUGAUCAUCCACAGCUUCCCUAUAUUGACGCGGUCCUAUCUGAAGCGCUCAGAUGGAAUCCUGUUUUCCCCCUGAGUAUCCCCCAUCGUAGUGUGACAGAUGAUGUAUACAAAGGGUAUUAUAUUCCUGGCGGUAAGUCUCGGGCAGUGCUCCACAAUGAGAAGGACUAUCCAAACCCUACAAUAUUCGAUCCUGAACGUUUCAUGAAGAAAGAAGGCAAAGAACUUCCUCCUGAUCCAAUGGCUGCGUUCGGUUAUGGCAGACGCGUCUGCCCCGGUCGGUACCUCGCUUUGAAUACUGCCUGGAUCGCCAUCGCAUCCAUUGCAUCAACACUCUCUGUUUCAAAGGCUGUCGAUUCCGAUGGUCGUGUCAUUGAACCAAGCGACAAGUUUACUGGCGGAUUCAUGAGCUCCCCUCUCCCUUUCAAAUGCAUGGUCAUGGCGCGUUCUGUACAGGCCCAAGCAUUGAUAGAUUCGAGCAGAAAAUAG